CCUUCGUAUGAUAGUGCUACUCGAGCUCAAGCUUUGGCGUUAAAGCUUGUAGGAAUUUCUAAUACUGAAAUUGAAUUUAUUACCGGAAUUCAACCUCGUACACUUAAUUCAAUCUACCGCAAGGCCAUCGCACGAGGCCUGAAUCCCUCAGAGAGCAAGAAGAUUUUUGACCAUCAUGUUGAAGACGGCUCACGUUCUGGACGGCCUACGAAACAGACUGAAGAGACUACCUCAGAUGUCCUAUCUAAGGUCCGUACUGAUCGAUAUGGUCGGGAGAAAACCUGUGCUCAAAUUGCC